GAUGAAUUGCAUGCUGGCUGCAGGAUAGUUGUUUACAAAUUUGAAAUUCAAGUCAUCGUAACUAGCGCGUAACUCUCUUUACUUCUCAUUGUCGAUCAAAUUGAAGAAGUAGUUAUUUUUCGGAAUUCAAACACGUUACACUCUAUUGGAGCGCGAUGGCUGCCCCGUUGACUCUAAAAAUUAAGGCAGGAAACCAGCACAGCGUGAUCAAAGACUUGACAUCAAACAGCAGUCUUAGCGAUCUUGCACAAAAAGUUUCGUCAUUCUCUGGCAUUCCUGAGUCCCGCCUCAAGUUGUGUUCCGGCUUUCCACCAAAGGCUUUGGAAAUGGAGGUUAAAACCAAGUCCCUCCACGAUUCAGGAAUUAAGUCAGGCGACGUGAUCUUGGCUCAAGAAACCCAAGAAACAACCCAUACGAAAAAUGAGUCGGCGUCCACCGCGACCAUUGAUCAGACCGUCCGAGCGAUCGAUCAGUCGGAAAUAAUCUCUGCCUACAGUGCUGCUCAAGCGAACGGAGGGGGUUUCCUCCUGAGGAAGGUAGUGCCCUCUGACAACUCCUGUUUGUUUACCAGCAUUGGAUACGUGCUAAAUGGUGAAAUAGACCCUGACAAGGCGCAAUUUAUGAGGCAAAUCAUUGUCGAGAAAGUUCGCAGUGACCCGGAGAUUUACAACGAGGCCUUUUUGGAAAAGCCUGCCAGCGACUACUGCUCGUGGAUCCAGAAACCAGAGGCCUGGGGCGGAGCGAUCGAGGUCUCCAUCCUCUCCAGCUUCUAUGGAUUUGAAAUCGUAGUCGUCAAUUCCCUUCAUGGAAUCGUCAACAGAUUUGGUGAAGAUCAAAAGUAUGCCACAAGAGCGUUCCUCAUUUACGAUGGCAUUCACUACGAUCCUCUUUACUUGGAGCCUUAUGAUGGUGGUGCAAUCAAGAUGAUCUUUCCCACGACUGACGAAGAAGUGCUGGAUCAAGCCCGUGUAUUGGCUCAAGAGAGCAAAUCAAGUCGACAAUUUACAAACGUGCACGAGUUUACUGUGAAGUGCUUGGAGUGCCAAAUUUUGUUGAAAGGAGAAAUUGCAGCCCGGGCGCACGCCAAGGAGACUGACCAUGUGAGAUUUGGCGAGGUGUAACAUCAACUCGUGAGCUUCUCCAUUGACUGACGUGAAUAGCUUUUGCAUCUUGAUAUUUUGUCACACAUGAUUUUGUAAUGACCGUGAUCUUAAACUAAUCACCAAAACUUGAUAUUUUUCGUGAUCACAAAACUCGUUUCAGUUCUAAACUGACUUAUUAAUAAUUUGGUGUUAUUUGAAAUUCGUGCGAUAUCGAGAUUCUAUUCUUUCCCUUUUUGUUUGUGUGAAACCCAGUUAAUUUUUCAUGUGUUAUGACGAGUCACUCGGUAUUAAUUUCUAUUUAAACUGAAUCUAAGGAUUUCUUUUUAAUUUUGGCUCCAACUGAUAGUUGUUAAGUUUUUGUUUUGUUCAAAUUCCAGGGCUUAAUAAUAAAAUACGAAAAGAUUGUUGCUAAUGAUUAAA